AGGUCGUAACCCAGAAGCCAUGGAGAAGGAGAAACGCGUUCACGCGUUCUGGUUGUAGUGGAGUGUGGAACGUUUAGGCAACGUGAUCUGGUUCUUUGCGGGAAGGUGGGCGCUCUGGUGCUUGGCCAGCCGCGGCGUUGCGGGCCUUUGGGGGCCGCAGAUUUGGUCUUUUUUCACUGAUAUAAGAGCUCGGCGGCGGGCGCGCAGUUCCCUGACCCGUCCUCACCAUGUUGGUGCUGUUUGAAACGUCCGUCGGCUACGCCAUCUUUAAGGUUUUGAAUGAAAAGAAACUUCAAGAGGUUGAUAGUUUGUGGAAAGAAUUUGAAACUCCAGAGAAAGCAAAUAAAAUAGUAAAGCUGAAACAUUUUGAGAAAUUUCAGGAUACAGCAGAGGCAUUGGCAGCAUUCACAGCUCUGAUGGAGGGCAAAAUCAAUAAGCAGCUGAAGAAAGUUCUGAAGAAAAUAGUUAAAGAAGCCCAUGAACCCCUGGCUGUAGCUGAUGCUAAACUAGGAGGCGUCAUAAAGGAAAAGCUGAAUCUCAGUUGUAUCCAUAGUCCUCUUGUUAACGAACUUAUGAGGGGAAUCCGUUCACAGAUGGAUGGAUUAAUCCCUGGGGUAGAACCACGUGAAAUGGCAGCCAUGUGUCUUGGGUUGGCACACAGCUUGUCCCGAUACAGAUUGAAAUUUAGUGCUGAUAAAGUGGAUACAAUGAUUGUUCAGGCAAUUUCCCUGUUAGAUGACUUAGAUAAAGAACUAAACAACUACAUUAUGCGGUGUAGAGAAUGGUAUGGCUGGCAUUUCCCUGAAUUAGGAAAAAUUAUUUCGGAUAAUUUGACAUACUGCAAGUGUUUACAGAAAGUUGGCGAUAGGAAGAAUUAUGCCUCGGCCACACUUUCUGAAUUACUGCCAGAAGAGGUUGAAGCAGAAGUGAAAGCAGCUGCAGAGAUAUCUAUGGGAACAGAGGUUUCAGAAGAAGAUAUUUGCAACAUUCUGCAUCUCUGCACUCAGGUGAUUGAAAUCUCCGAAUAUAGAACCCAGCUCUAUGAAUAUCUGCAAAAUAGAAUGAUGGCCAUUGCACCCAACGUUACAGUCAUGGUUGGUGAAUUAGUUGGAGCACGGCUUAUUGCUCAUGCAGGUUCUCUUUUGAAUUUGGCCAAACAUGCAGCUUCUACAGUUCAGAUUCUUGGAGCAGAAAAGGCACUCUUCAGAGCCCUCAAGUCUAGACGAGAUACCCCUAAGUAUGGUCUCAUUUAUCAUGCUUCACUUGUAGGCCAGACAAGUCCCAAACACAAAGGAAAGAUUUCUCGGAUGCUGGCAGCCAAAACUGCUUUGGCCAUCCGGUAUGAUGCUUUUGGUGAAGAUUCCAGUUCUGCGAUGGGAGUUGAGAACAGAGCCAAAUUAGAGGCCAGGUUGAGAACCUUGGAAGAUAGAGGGAUACGGAAAAUAAGUGGAACAGGAAAGGCAUUAGCAAAAGCAGAAAAGUAUGAACAUAAAAGUGAAGUGAAGACUUACGAUCCUUCUGGUGACUCAACACUGCCAACCUAUUCUAAAAAACGCAAGAUUGAACAGGUAGACAAAGAGGAUGAAGUGGUUGAAAAGAAGGCCAAAAAAGCCAAGGUUAAAAUUAAAGUUGAAGAAGAGGAGGAAGUAGUAGAAGUAGAAGAAGAUGUAGUAGAAGUGGUGGAAGAACAGGAGACAUCUGUGAAGAAAAAGAAGAAAAAGGACAAAAAGAAACACAUUAAAGAAGAACCGCUUUCUGAAGAAGAACCAUGCACCAGCACAGCAAUUGCUAGUCCAGAGAAAAAGAAGAAAAAGAAAAAAAAAAGAGUUAAUGAGGACUAAUGGAAGGAACCAUUCUUUCAAAGAUUUCUUAAUUGAAUCACCUGGAUACAUCAUGUUUAAGAUUCAGUCAGAAAUACACCAGAGAUGCUCUCUAAAAUAAUCAAUGGGAGGUUGGAUGAAACAAAAUGAUUAAUCAUCAAUAGCAUUUCAUACCUAUUUGUGUCUCAACAUCACAUCAACUGUGUUAAUUUUAUUAUAUCAUUAUUUCUUAGAACAUUUGUUAUACAAAUAAAAAUAUUUUCUUUGUAUUUUAA